AUGGAAUCUAACGAUGGAAAUGAUAUUGAUAAAUCUCUUGAGAUGUCUGAUGAAAACUCUUCCCAUUAUAAUCGUUUUCUUCAAUCUCGCCCACAAUCUCUUGAACUUAAUGCCAUUUCUCUUGUUACUCGACUUGCUAAGGAAUAUAGUACUGUACGCACUCAUAUUGUUCAUUUGUCAGCUGCGAAUGCUAUUGAUAUGAUCCGCAAAUCCAAAUCCGAUGGUGUCCCAUUAACCGUUGAAACUUGUUUUCAUUAUUUAUGUCUGUCUGCCGAAGACGUACCAUUAGGUAGGACGGAAUUCAAAUGCUGUCCUCCUGUCAGGGAAAAAGUAAAUCAAGAGAAACUUUGGCAGGCUUUGCUUGAUGGCACAAUCGAUUAUGUUGUAUCUGACCAUUCUCCAUGUACAGCUGACCUUAAGGAAUUAGAUAAAAAAGAUGAUGAAAGAGAUUUUUUAAAAUCCUGGGGUGGCAUUUCUACUUUGCAAUUUGGAUUACCAGUGUUAUGGACUGAAGCGAAAAAACGUGGUGAUAUUAAAGUAGGAUAUGACGCGGAUAUUGUAAUCUGGAACCCUGAGGAAACCUUUACGAUUACAAAAGAUAUUAUUCAAUUUAAAAACAAAGUUACCCCGUAUAUAGGAAAAACUUUUUAUGGUACAGUUAAACAAACAAUUGUAAGAGGAAACAUAGUAUAUGAUGCUAAAAAGGGUGGCAUUAUCAAUGUACCAUAUGGUAAUCUCUUGGUUUGA